AUGGCCAUGGCUUCCGAUGAAGAAGCAAAAGAAGCUCAAGAAGCUCCUAUGCCUUGCAUUCCCUAUGAUAAAAAGGAUGAACUUGAGAAAUGGCCUAAACCCAUCCAUUUGCCAAGGUUUUCUUUAAAACAAGGAUUAAUUCCCAGGUUUUACACGAUGAGCUGGAAACAAGACAUGAAAUUCAGGAGAGUGCAUCUAAAGAAUGCACAACUGAGUGGGAUUCACUCAGGUCCUCUAGAAGAAAACUUGUUUCUGGAUCACAGUGAAAGACUUUGCCAUGGAGAAGAUCGAGAAAGUGUUUUAAAGAAAUUCUCAUCCCACAUAAAAAUAGCUGAUAUGCCCUUACAUUCUCCUCUCUCCAGGUUCCAGAGUACUGUCAUUUCUCAUGGAUACAGGAGACAACAGAUAUGA